AGUGGCAAAGACAAGGAUCGCGGGGGAGGAAAACUGACAGCCAGUCCUAAGAAGCCACCCAGCCGACAAGCUCCCACACCCUCUUCACAGAAGGACAUGGUGGGAGAAAGAGCUGCAACAGCUACCCCUCACACGGGCAAUAGUGCCUUUACCCCAGCACCAGAUGUUGAUCCAGUAUUGAAUAGAAAAUACAAAGAAAAAUUAUCUGUGCAGACUUACAACUUGCUACGUGAGAUGGUUGACCGCAGCACAUAUAUGUUUGAAGAUAUUCGUAGAAAUGAGGAUGUUCUUGCCUUAGCUAAGCUGGGAUUACAGGGAUAAAAAAAUGGACAACACAUAAUUCAGAACAGAAAAAACCAAAAAGGAUUUUUGAGGGCAAAAGAAAUCAAAAAGAAAAAAAAAAUCCAUUGGAAUAAUUACUUCGAGUAAUGUUUUUUCGUGACCGCAUCGAGCCUAAGAAAUGCUAGCAAGCAUCUUUGCACAAAUAAACAAAUUUUUAAUUGAUCUGUGAUAAGUCAUUGGUAAGGGUUUGGUUUUACCACAUGCUAUUUGAACUACAGUUGAUCUACAGUGGUUUCCUGUUCAUUCACUUACUGGUUACCAGAAAAAAAAAGUGCAUAUGAAAUAUGUUGCAGACUUUAUGCAAUGAGAGUAGUUAUAUUUUCCAGAUGUUCACCUUUUUUCACUGUCAUAAUGCCAGGACAGCUACAGGUAGCAGAAGUUCUAUUUUUAGUUCAAUUAAUAGACCCUGCUUUCCAUAUAUUCUUUUGAAGGAACAGGUGUGAAACAGGUUGUUAUGGCAACGAGGACAAAUAAUAAACAACACUGCACCCCUGGGGGUAACUGACUGCAUGC